AUGUUGCCACUCAGCCCCUCAGAACCCAUUGAUGAUCCCCGGGACAACCCUGAAGGGAAGGAAAAGAAGAAGCAAGUCUCGAGACCUAACCCGGCAGAGGAAACCGAGUGGGUCUCCCAGUCAACCAAUGCUCCUGAGAGGAAGGUCCGCAUCGGCAAUAACCUUGACCCGGAACUCCGCCAAAAGCUCAUUACUUUCCUUCAGGAUAAACAUGCAGUCUUUGCUUGGUCCUAUGCCGACAUGCCAAGCAUUUCCCCUGAUAUCAUUACACACAAGCUCAAUAUCCUCAAAGACUAUCCCCCCGUCAGGCAAAAGAGACGUGCCUUUAACCCAGAAAAGUAUCGAGCCAUCCAAGCCGAGGUCCAGCGGCUAAAAGAGAUCAAAUUCAUCCGGGAGGUUUCCUACCCAACAUGGGUUUCCAAUGUAGUCAUGGUCCCCAAGCCCAAUGGAAAAUGGCGGAUGUGUGUUGACUACACUAACCUCAACAAAGCAUGUCCCAUGGACAGUUUCCCCUUGUCACGGAUUGACCAGCUGGUUAACUCCACGGCCGGUUACAAGAUGCUUAACUUUCUGGAUGCUUACUCAGGAUACAACCAAAUCAAAAUGCACCCCACGAAUCAGGAACACACUACUUUUGUUACCGACAAAGGAUUGUACUGUUACGGGGUCAUGCCUUUUGGACUCAAGAAUGCAGGGGCAACCUAUCAGAGGUUAGUCAAUGCCAUGUUUGAAGAAGAAAUUGGGGAGCUCAUGGAAGGUUUCAUGGUUAGUGAAAGAGGAAUUGAAGCCAACCCGGAAAAGAUACAGGCCAUACUUGAUAUGACUGUUCUUAGUACUCGGAACGAGGUCCAGUGCCUCACGGGACGCUUAGUAGCCUUGGUUCGUUUCAUCUCCCGCCUCACAGACAGAUGCAACCCAUUGUUUCAAUUGUUGAAAUCCCAAUAUAAAGAAAACGUCACGUGGGGCCUGGAACAUGACGAUGCCUUCAAUAACAUAAAAGCUUAUCUUGCAGCAGUCCCUCUCCUAUCAAAGCCUGUCCCGGGAGAAGUAUUGUACCUAAAUUUGGUUGUUUCUGCUACAGCCAUUAGCGCUGCUCUCACGCGCCAUGAGCAUGACAAUGAGCUCCCUAUAUAUUACUGUGGCAGAGGGUUUGCGGAUCCUGAGACUCGCGACUCUCAGCUCGUAGUCAACCAAGUGGCAGGAGACUUCAAGGCCAACCAGAAUAACCUGGGAUCUUACAAAAGUCUGGCAGGAGCUCUCCUGCAACACUUCACAUCUUACAAACUCACACAAAUCCUAAGAGCCAAGAAUUCCAAGGCAGAUGCCCUUGCGAGACUCGCCACGGCUCCUCCCGAGUCCACUCCGCCGGAUGUGCACAUAGAAAUCUUGGACAAGCCUAGCAUCUCGAAGGCUUAUUUAGAAAUCUUUACCCUCAAGACAACUAGCCAGCCAUCAUGGAUGGACCCAUAUGUUGACUUCCUCUCUAAUAGUACCCUGUCCCAGGACAAAAGAGAAGCACAGCGGUUGCGCCACAAGGCUUCACUCUACUUACUCAAAGAUGGCAAACUAUAUCGUCGGGGUCAGUCAUGUCCUUUCUUAAAGUGCUUACCCAUAGAAGAAGGGCACAAAGUGUUGACAUCACUUCACAGUGGUGUUUGUGGAAACCAUGCGGGUGCUCGGAACCUCAUGUUCAAGGCACUCCGAGCUGGGCAUUAUUGGCCAACAUUAGAGCAAGAUGCAAAGUGGAUAGAGGCAGAACCCUUUGCCACGAUCACAAUUGAAAAAGUGAUAAAUUUCCUAUGGCGUAACUUAUACUGCUGGUUUGGAGUACCCCAAGCCUUCAUCACAGAUAAUGGGACACAAUUUGACAAUGACACGUUCAGGGAGUUUCUGUCCAAACAAGGGACCACAAUCUUUUAUGCCUCCCCAGCACACCCUCAGACCAAUGGCCAAGUGGAAGCCAUAAACAAGCUCAUUAAGCAAAAUUUGAGGAAACGCUUAGAAGACGCCAAAGGGUUGUGGGCUGCCAAGCUCCCGGAGGUCCUCUGGACACUUCGUACAACAGCUACAGGUGAAUCUCCAUACCUCUGGAGGAGCGCUGAGACAGAGCACACCUCAGGAAUGUCAACAAUAAACAGAAAAUUGCUCAACACUACAACAGGAAAGUUGUUCCCCGCCCCUUGA